GUCAGCCGGGUCCGCGGUCAGUGUUCGUUUACGCUCGACAUGAAGUUUGGCUCCACGUACCAGAUGGUGUCACCGGGCUAUCCGUCCAACUACCCACCGAACGUUCAGUGCACGUACGUGAUCCGUGCCCCGUACGGCUACCGGAUCACCCUCGACUGUCCCACGUUUCAGAUCCCGAGCAGCACCAAUUGCCAGCUGGACUCGCUGAAGAUUUCGCGCACCGGUCAGAUGGACCUGGGCGAUGCAUACACCUACUGUGGACUGGGCACGCUGCAGGAGAAAUCGGUCGCCAACAAGAUGACGGUUCGGCUGACGUCGGCCGCGACCAGCUACGGCGGCAAGUACGCCUGUACGCUCAGCAUCCCAGAGCAGAGCUGCGAGUGUGGCCGGAAGAAAAUGCGACGCAUCGUGAACGGCGUGGAAACGGCGGUGAACGAGUUCCCGAUGAUGGCCGCCCUGAUCGAUGUCAAAACGAAAACCAUCAUUUGUGGUGCCACUAUCAUUGCCAAUAAUUAUGCCCUUACGGCGGCGCACUGUUUGCUGCAGCGUACCACCAACGACACGGUGCUGCUGGUGGGCGAUCAUAAUAUCAAAACCGGGGCCGACACACCGUACGCGCAGGUCUACGUCGUCGCGCAAUUGCUGGGCCACCCCGGGUUCACCAUGAAUCCGUCCCGGAACGACGUGGCGCUGGUGCGCACCGAGCAGCCGAUUCAGUACAACGUAGCGGUCGGUCCGGCGUGUCUUCCGUGGCGCUACACGAGUCAGUCGUUUGACGGUGCAAUCGUUGAGGCCACUGGCUGGGGAGACCUAGACUUCGGGGGACCCCGGACGGACACGCUUCAGAAAGUGAACCUGACGGUCAUCAGCAACAGCCAGUGCUCGCAGCGGCUCUCGACCACGGUCCCGUAUCAGCUGCUGUGCACCUUCGCACCCGCCCGGGACACGUGUCAGGCCGACUCCGGGGGGCCAUUGUUCUACACGAACCCGUCGACCGGGCUGCUGUACAACGUGGGCUUGGUAAGCUUCGGGUUCGCCUGUGCCACCGACAAACCGAGCGUUAAUACCAGGGUCACCGAGUUCCUGGACUGGAUUAUGGUCAACAGCCCGGCAACGUUUUACUGCUACCACUGAACCGUUUGUUGCUGCUGCUGCUGCUGAGAUGUCGAAGAAGAUGGGGAG